AUGCAAGAAGAUAAAAAUGCUAUUUUUCAAAUGCGCUUUCCUCAUAAGUUGUGGUACCUGCUUAAUAUGCGCACUGAUGCAAUACUGUGGGGUGGUAGUGGUAGAACUAUUCUCCUUAAUUAUAGAAUACUUCACAGUUAUCUGCAAUGCGAUAACUCUAUUUUUAAAACAACCAAUAUUUCAAGUUUUGUUAGACAACUUAACUUGUAUGGCUUUCGAAAAGUUACUUCGCAUUUACAAGACCCACUUUGUAAUUCAAGUAAUCCUUACAUGCAUGAAUAUAUUCAUGACUUUUUUCAAUAUGGCAGACCUGAAUUAUUAAAUAAAAUUACAAGAAAAGCGCUGACGUUAAAACGAAACUCAAAACCCAAGAACAUUUUUAAUUGUACUGACCAAAGUGCAUUCAUAACUCCACUUCAAAAAGCGCGAAGGGCACUAAGAAUUGCACUGAAGAAAGCUGCACAAGAACUAUUUAUGCAAAGCUCACCGAAACAGUUUAAUGUCACAAACGAAUUUGAAGGUAUCCUAAUAUUACAAAUAACAUGGUGUUUUGUAGAUGUACAAGAUGAGUUUGGUGAUGACGAUAGCAUCUCUGGGGACUGGUUAAUACCUAAUAGUGAAAACAAUGAUAUGCAGAAAGAACAAAAUUUACCAGUCCUAUCAGCAGAAAAACCUCUGGAAAAUAAUUAUAUUAGUAUUGGUGAUGGAUUCCAGAACUUUGGAGAUAAGUCACAAGAUACAUUGAUGGGAUUUAGUGAUGACUCAUGUCAGCAGAAUGUUGAUAAUUUCCCCGGGCAGUUUCUAAACAUGCCUGACCUUGAUCCUGUACCAUCUGAAAGUUCGGGAGUUGAGCUUUUAGCUGAAUUCAAUAUAGGUGAUGAGAAUAGACAUGAUAUUGCAACAAAAAUGGUAACAAAGCCAAUUGAUCACCAGUUCUUAAAUUGUGUGCUUCCUUCCAUUAGUAAUGAUCAAAAUGAUGAUGUGUCUAUGACUGAGAGGCAUGACGAAAAUAUGACCCACUAUCACAGUGAAUGGGAUCAAAUGUUUAAUGAUAUAAUCAUAAAUAAAAGUUCUGCACCAGAGUCUUCCUCUAAUUUAAAGGAAUUAUAUACUCAAAUUUCACAAACUAUCCAUUUGUAA